AUUUAAUGCCAUCGAAGUUGUAUUAUGUCCGUGGAGGCCCACACCUGUGGAUCUCUUCACUUCUUCAUAAAAGAGGUGCUCUCACCACAGCAAAGAUCUGGGAAGAAUUCCAAAGAGACAAAACUACUAAUCCUGAUGAUAUCCAGUCCAAAACUUAUCUCAAGGCCAAAAUUUUAUCCCAGAUGGAAGCUGAAGGUAAAAUUGCUAGAGCAAGAGCCCCAGAUUUGCCACAGUAUAAGUAUGGCGGCUGGAAGGUUCGUCCUUCUAGAGCUUUUAAGAAUACCGCUCCUGAUGUGCUUGCUCAGUUGAGACCUCUCCCAAACGUCAGGAGAAGAGAUUACCUUGAGUAUCUGCAGGAAAAUGGCAUAGAGUUCCCUAAAAAAGAUCAUCGAAUUGAAUAA